CAACCGCCCUGCUGUCGCCGGCUCCGAUCGGGUAACCCUGGCGCGUUUCUCGCAAAGCAAAACACACGCACACCACCGCACCGAAAUUUUGUUUCAUUUUUCGAACUAUCAAACUGAACAGAACACUGCUUUCAAAAAAGUUUCACGAGAAGUUGCGUUUUUUCGCGGAACCGUCGGUCAAAAUUAUCGCGGAAAUCGGUUACGGAACCGUCGGAAAACAGUGGUGCGCUGGAGUUUGCCCUUGAUUCCGCGGGAAAGUGGUGAAAAAGUAGUGACACGGUGUGUGGAUCUCCGGGGAAGUCUGCACGGACGGAUCGCAGCACGGAGAGCGACAGCAGCAGCAGCAGAAAGAAGAAGAAGAACUCUCGAUUGGUUGGUUGCUUGCGGUGCGGAACGCGAGUCGCGCAGGAAGAAACAAAAAGAUCCCGUCUUGGGUUGUGUGUCGACAGCAGAAGAAGUUUGGUUUGAAAGCUAAUUAUUGUGAUUUUCCUGGAGACUGAAUUUGGGGGAGAUUUCCCGGUGCAAUCCGUUUGUCGGGAAGCGUGAGGCCGUUUCCCGUGCGCCAGCUAUGUGUAGUUAGCUGUUAACCGAGUACCUACUAUGAAUGUUUUCAAUCAAGUGAUACCUAGUAUGAAUCCGCAAGAACUUAGUACUAUGGUUUGGAUGGGACAGUUCGCAUCGCCGCUGGAUGAAAACCUAGCCAACAUCUAUGGACAGCCGGUGCCCGCGGUUAUGGACGACAUCUCGCAGCCGUCGCCCUCCCUGGACAUGAAUCCAGCAAUUGGAUCGUUGAUCGGGGACUACAGUGGCCACGUAACGGCGAUUCCGACGCCCACGGGUGGACUCGCGACGAUCCCGAACCCGGAUCUGGCCAUCACCAAUCCGGAACUGUUCAACCUCCAGCAGCAACAGCUUCAACUGCAGCAACAACUUAGCCUGGGUAAUUACAGUUUCCUGGAGCAGAGUGGUCUAGCGGGACAGUUGGCCGGAGCAGGAGUCGGUUCUGGGGGCGUGGUUAGUGCCGAUGGCGAUGAUUCCACCGGGGCUACCAGAAUGAUCGAUGACGAUGACGACGACGACCACCUAAACGAUGAAGAGCAUGCGAUGCAAACCUACGAACAGUACCAACGGAUGGUCGAAGCCGGAAGCGAGUUUCUCUCCGUGACCGGCCAGGAAAACCUACUCGGAUAUAAGCUAAUGAACGAAGCUCAACUGCUGCAGCCCCAGGGAAGUUUUCUGGAUUACGAUGGGGGUGCCAAUGGGGACGGUUCCUCUAGCCCGAUCCACGAGGGAAUGAAAAUGGCCGGAAUGGCGGAACAGAUGGCCGCAGUUGCCAACGCGAUGGCGCCUGGUGCGUCUAGCAGGGGUCACGGGGCCGGCGAAUCCAGUGGUGGGGCAUCGGUCCGCUUUACGAACAAGAAAAUCAAACCCGUGAAACGACCAGGGCUGGUACUGAAGACACCCAUUGCCUACAAGGGUGAUAUCGAUCCUUCGGUGAUACCGAUUCAACGCGACGGAAUGGCAAUUUGUGAAAAGUGUGGUGCAAUAGGCGUGAAACACUCGUUCUAUACCAAGCAGCGCCGGUUCUGUAGCAUGACCUGCGCCCGUUCCUUCGACGCGUUACGUUUGUACAGCAGUACCAACAAUAGCUCUUCAUCGGCAGCAACGCUGUCGAGCAGUAAAACGACGACGACGACGACAAUAGCAGCUAGUCUGGAAGAUAGCAUUCCCUCUCUCGCAACUCCGUCGGCCCUGCCGCCCGAUCAACUGAUAGACGACUCGGCGGACGAAGAAUCUUCCAACACGGCAACGACGCCGAUCGCUUCCGGAAGCGGCAACGACGUUGACAUCAUCGACAGCAAACAUCUCCUACAGCAACAACUCGCCUUGCAACUCCAACAACAGCAACAACAACAGCAGCAGCAACAGCAACAACAAGUUAAACAACAGCAACAUCAACAACAGUUACAACAACAGCAACAACUACAAGUACAAAACAUCAGCUACAGAUUCAAGAUGUCUCAAGCUGGAAGCGACAAUAGCAACCACGGUGUACAUAGCGACAAAUCAAUCAGCCACGAAAUAGUUCCCCAGGACGAGAUCCCUCAGCUGCCGCGGGGAACUAGAUUGCCUUCGCCCUGUCCGCAGGAUGAACGAAUCAUCAGCAUCCGGCGGAAACCGAACGAAUUCAUCAACUCCUUCGACUGGACGGCAUCGCUCGCAGAUCCGAACUUUUUCGCCGCUCCGGUGACGUGCUUCCGGCACGCGCCCGGCUACGAGAUGUGGCCCAACGUGGUCAUCGGCAUGAAGGUCGAGGUGGAAAACACGGACAUUGACGUGCAGCAUUCGCUCAUCAGCGGAACGCCGCACUCGUUUUGGGUGGCCACCGUGCUGCGGAUCUGCGGCUACAAGGCGCUCCUGCGCUACGAGGGAUUCGACACGGACUCCACGAAGGACUUCUGGGUGAAUCUGUGCUCGUCGGAAGUCCAUCCGGUCGGGUGGUGUGCAACGCGCGGUAAGCCUCUGAUUCCGCCGAAAAGUAUAGCCAAACCAUACAAAGACUGGAAGGAGUUUCUGGUGAAGCGUCUGUCCAACGCGCGGACACUUCCAUCGACGUUCUACAACAAGAUAAGCGACAGUUUCAAGUCCCGCUUUCGGGUGGGUUUGAAUCUGGAAGUGGUGGACAAGAAUCGCAUCAGUCAGGUCAAGGUCGCUUCCAUCAACAAGAUUGUGGGGAAGCGAUUGUACGUGCGGUAUUACGAUAGUCCUCCGGACGACAACGGAUUCUGGUGUCACGAGGAUUCUCCGCUGAUCCAUCCGGUGGGAUGGGCCACAACCGUGGGGCACAAUCUGGCCGCUCCCGAGGAAUACAUGGACCGGAUGAAUGCUGCCCGUGAUCAAAUUCUGGAACCGAACGAGGACGAUGCCACCAUGGACCUGUUCAAGACCAAUUUCCACUUUGAGGAGUACUACUUGGAGGGCAAGCAGACCGGCUUCGAGGAGGGUAUGAAACUGGAAGCCAUCGAUCCGCUCAACUUGUCCUCGAUCUGCGUGGCCACCGUCAUGUCGGUGCUCAAGUUCGGCUACAUUAUGAUCCGUAUCGAUUCGUACGAUCCGGAUGCCAGCGGAGCGGAUUGGUUUUGCUAUCACGAGAACUCGCCGUGCAUCUUCCCCGUGGGAUUCUGCUUGUCCAAUCAGAUCACGCUUACGCCACCGAAGGGAUACGACCUGACGACGUUUACCUGGGAGCAGUACCUGGUGGAUACCAACAGUAAACCGGCAACGGAGGAUCUGUUUCACCGGAAUCUGAUUAGCCAGAAAUUUAAGGUCGGAAUGAAGCUCGAAUCGGCCGAUCUGAUGGACCCAAGACUGAUCUGUGUGGCGACCAUUUCCCGUGUCGUCGGUCGCCUGCUGAAGGUACACUUCGACGGCUGGGACGACGAAUACGACCAGUGGCUGGACAGCGAAAGCCCGGACAUCUACCCGAUCGGGUGGUGCGUCUUGGUGGGUCACAAACUGGAAGGACCCCGCAUACUGCCGAAGAUUCCACCGGUGCAGAAAAUCUCCCCCAAAACGGCCAAAAAAGGCAAACGGAAGAAAAAAGUGAUGAAGUUCGAGCUGGCCCCCACCGGAGACAUGCAUCCGAUUCCCACGACACGAACCGCCUCGGUCAAAAAAGAGCAAGAGCAAUUCGAACAGCAAAAGCUUCUGAACACUUCCUCGACGACCAUCCCCUAUUCGAUAGCGCAGCUGCAGAGUAACCUGGACCAAAUUCAGUACACCAACACGACAGCCGUCUCGAUGGAGUCGUCCCACAGUGGCGUCAGUACAGCGACCGGCGGAAGUUCUUCAUCCCUCCUCUCCAUCAAGCACGAACCCCCACACGAGCCCUUGCUGGGGCCCAUUUUUGACCAUUCCUCCGAGAGCAUUGGCGUCGGAGACGACGACAUGGGUGGGCUCAAAACCGAAGACGAGGACGGCGAGUCAAACAGUGCCACCGGGAAUCCCUCGUCCGCCCCGUCGGAAAUCACCGACAUCGAGAUGGAGAAAAUCAUUCCAAGGCUGAUCAACAACGAUAACGGAAGUGCAUCACCCGAACCGGUGGCCGGUGGCCAAAUUGCGCCGGACAGUUGGGACGUCAAGGACGUGGCCAUGUUCCUGACGGCCAACGACUGUGCAAUGCACCGGGAACCGUUCGUGACCAACGGUGUCGAUGGCAAACGGCUUCUGCAGCUCAGCAAAGACGACAUCAUCACCCUGCUGAACAUGAAGGUAGGCCCAUCGUUGAAAAUCUAUGAUCUCAUCCAGCAGUUGAAAUGCAAAAUCGAUCCCAGCAAAUCGCGGCUACUCAAGUCCAGCUUGGGGAAGAAGUAUCUGUAGGUAGUAGCAAUAAUAAGGGCGGUGUGUGUGGAACACCAGGAUGGGUUCACCGGGAUGUCGCGAGGGAAGGGAACAAAAUACCCAAGAGUAUUAACUUAUAAACUACCAUCAUACACGGUCCUAGUAGGCCGACAACUUUUUGUCGAAUGUGUGAUGGUGCUUUUAUUUCCUGUUCUUCAUUUGCGCCGCCUGCUGAGUUUAAUUAGGACUCUAUCGUUUUUACCUAGUGUUUUUUUUUCGUGUAGCAAAGUUUAUAGGCUUUCUUAUUUUUACAAUUUUCAAAGUACUCUUUCUGUUGUGAUGAAACGAAUCAAUCAAUCAAUUUUAAACAAAAUAGUGUCCAUGAGGAUUCCAAAGCUUUUGUGUCGUGCGCGCGAAACAAUAGAACCGCCAUUUCCAGUGAGCACGCAGCGGGACGCGGGAGGGAAACAGUGAAAGCAAUGUACCAAAAAAAUCAAGAAAAAAAUGGACAGAACUCGAGAUCAAACACAUGAAUGACACCGGUUCACGUUUUGUGUGGAAGUUUGGGAGGUGGUCGGAUCAGAAACAUGGUGGGAGGCGAAUUCUUGCUCGAAUUGCAUAUAAAUAAUAACAGAAUACACAAACAAAAAUCUGCAUAGAAAGUAUACACGCGAAACUGUAUAAAGGUAACAAAUCUAAAAAAGCUAACGUAAUAGUGUAGUAGUAUGAUGGUUCAGAAUUUAUUAGAAUAUCUUUUUUACGAGAAAAGAGAAAGUAAACAAGUAUAUUUAGUAUAGUGAAGAAAUGGAAAGAAAUACAAAUCCAAGAAGUGAUGUUUCUUGAUAAA